AUGGCUCUGCGCUUCCACAAUGCCAUCCCCUACGCCAUCCCUGGAGUACUGGCACUUCUUGGCUGCUGGUGGAUGUAUUCCCAUAGAAAAAAACAUGCAAGCUACCCUGAGAAACAAGCAACAGCCAUUGAAGAAGAAAAGCAAGAAGAGGUGCAGGAGAAUGGUCAGUCAGCCAGGACAGAAGCCUGUGUUCUUCAAAGGCUGCCUCUCUCCUCAGAAGAGGAAUGCCCAGAGAAUGAGACCUCCGCCUUCCUGCUGUCAGCGUGGUCCACGACGCCCUCUCCGCUGUCCCCCACUCAUGAGAGGUUAGAGCUCUCACAGGACCUGCAGGACCUGUCAGUAACCACAGGUCAGCCCAGCACCCCUGAGGACGACAGUGAAAAACUGGAAAGGAUAGGGUCCCGAGAUGGAAGCAGUUUCCCUGCUUGUGUUGCUCUGCCUCUGCUCCCAGAGAGCACAGAGUGUCCCAGCAGCACUGCAGUGAGCCUUGCACAGGACUCAGGCUCUCCUGCAACCCCAGGUCAGUGGUCAUCAGCAUCAGUGCCACUGACACAAGAGUCUUUGGGAGCCUCAGAGAUCAGUGGUGCAGAGCACUCAGAUGAUUCUGCGAUUAAGGCCCCUAAGGAAGUCCAGAUGCCAGAAAUGAUGCUGUCAAAUCCUGGCUCUGUGACAGCCCUGUGCUUGGGACUGGAGAAGGAAGCCAAUGCCCCACACGCCUUUCUCAGCAACAAAGCUGAGGUCAUAUCAAGUCACAAGGAUUCUGUAGUGAAUCUGUUACCAGAGAGUGUGGAGCAGUCCAGGGAAGAAAAGAUGUCUGAGUCGGUGGCUGGCACUGGACCUGGGUGUCUGGAGGACACACAGCCAAUAGGAGAGGAAUUGGAAAGAGAGAAGACUGGAGGAGUGAGUUUGGACAAGGAAGAAGUUGAGAAGAUUGAGCAGGUGGCAAUACAAAUAAUUUCCAAGGUUAUUUUGGCAGCAACUGAGGAAGUGCUCUCUGGUGCUGCAGGUGAUGUGUCCGCACAGAUCUGCCAGGCUGCUGCCAGCCGUGCUGAGAGACCUUUGAAGAUGACCAGAGCUGUUCCUUCUGCUCAGGUGCUGGCAGAGGAGGCUGCAGUAGCUGGUGAGAGCACUGCUGUGAAGGGUGAUGCUGCAGCACUGCCACCCCUGCAGCCAGGGGAGCAGGGGCAGUGUGCCACAGGCUCCGGCUGCUCGCCUAGCCCUGCCCACGGAGGCGCAGGGAGCCCUGAGGUCAGGAGCCACCUGUGCAGCCAGGGUCAUGUGGCUGGCCUGGCUCCUGUGGAAAACCAUGGAGGGGCACUAGAGAAGUCACCUUUGGUUAUGGAGGACUCUGGGUACAGCACAUGUGUGUGUGAAGGUGGGACAAGUGUGGAGGAACCUCUGCAGGACCCAGUCCUGCCUGUUGCUUUGGGCCAGCAGUCGAACUCACAGAGCACAUCUGCAGCCCCAGGCACAUCUGCUGAGCAGAGCUCAGCACCAAGGGAAAAACCUGCUCCUCUGAAGCCACCUGAAGGCAGCAACGUGGCCUACAGUAAUGGGAUACUGAAAGAGGAUGGUCCAGACUUGCAGCAUGAGUGUAGCAGGGCAGCAGGGAUGGGUGGAGAGCACUCAGGAGGUGCAGAUGUGGAGAGUGUGGAUUUUGUGGACAGUGGCUGUGCCAUGAGGAGGACAGUGAGCUGCCAGAAGCUGGGGGGAGAAGCCAGCAAGCCUGACUUUGUCAUCUGGGAGAUCGAGGUCCCCAAGGAGUUAGUUGGCCGCUUGAUUGGCAAACAAGGAAGAUUUAUGAGCUUCCUGAGGCAAGCAUCUGGGGCCAAAAUCUAUGUCUCAACACUACCUUAUUUUCGUGACUCCCAGGUCUGUCACAUUGAAGGCUCCAUGCAGCAAGUAGAAAAGGUCCUGAGCCUGAUUGGCAAGAAGUUCAAAGAGCUGUGUCUGACCAACAUCUAUGCUCUACCUCCACCAACGCCGCUGACGCUUCAUUCCCUCCUUAUGACUGCCUGGCUGUUCCUCCCAGAUGGAGUCACUGUAGAGGUGGUGGUGUCCAACCAGGUGGAUGCUGGCCACAUGUUCCUGCAGCAGCACACACACCCUACCUUCCACGUCCUGCGAAGCCUCGACCAGCAGAUGUCUGCUUGCUAUUCUCAACCUGAAAUUCCAACCCUGCCCACUCCAGUAGAAGUUGGCAUUAUCUGUGCAGCCCCAGGCCUGGAUGGGGCAUGGCUGCGGGCUCAAGUCAUCACCUACUUCCAAGAGACCAACGAGGUGGAGCUCAGAUAUGUGGACUAUGGAGGAUACGACAGAGUGAAGGUCGACACACUCAGACAAAUCAGGUCUGACUUUUUAUCACUGCCUUUCCAAGGAGCUGAAGUUUUACUAGACAACGUGGUGCCACUUCCAGACGAGGAUCACUUCUCCUCUGAAGCCGACGCCGCUGUCAGCGAGAUGACUCGAGGUGCAGUCCUGGUGGCACAGGUCACCAAUUACGACAGUGCAACAGGCCUGCCGCUGAUCCAGCUGUGGAACCUGAUGGGGGAUGAGGUGGUAUCAAUAAACAGAACUCUGGUAGAAAGAGGAUUUGCUCAGUGGCUUGACUACUAGCAGUGUCCUGGAUGCCUCAA